AUGUACCGGCUUCACUUAUCCAACUUGGGAAUCCUGUUAACUACGUUGACUGCUUACACACAUUUGAGAAUUAGGUGAGUUCGGUGGGAAAAAAAAAAAUAAUUUACAUUUUUCAGAAUAUGGGACCUUGAAGACGAAUGCAGACAAGAAGAAGCUCUACAGCGGUCAAAAAGGGACAUAAACUCGUCGGCCGAUCGACUUUGGCUCACUUCACUUUCAAGUGUCAAGGUAUAGAAGAUCAGAAAAUGAAUGAGAAAAUUGUUUUAAGAUCAGUGAAGUUAUGGAGAAAUGCACAGAGGUUCACGAGUACUGCAGCGACAAGGCCGAUUUGCGAGGCCGAACGGGAAGGACUGGUCCUGUAGGACCGCCAGGGUCAGUUAUAUGGAAAUUCGAAUGAUCAGAAGAGAAUUGAAACAUUUUCAGAAAAGCCGGUGCUCCAGGUCCGAUGGGGAGACGAGGACUGAUGGGCGUUCCUGGACACCCAGGACCGACUGGUGAGGUUUUUUUAAAUCCUGAAGCACCCGAGAGAGUUCAGGAAGUCCUGGUCCGAUUGGAAAAGACGCCGAUUGUGCCGCUUGUCCCAUUAGCGACAUGUUUUUGUUGGAAAGAGCUUUCGACUGUCCUAAGGUACCCAAAGAGAAAGCCAGAGUUAGAUGCAUAUUUACAUGCUGAUUCCGAAUUCGGGCUCAUAAAUCGCGUCGGAGCUUUGUGAAAAAGUUCUUGGAUAUAGUUUGUUCAUAUUUCUAAUGUCAAGCAGCUUACUCCGGCCCCAAAACUACAAUAUCUUUCGCGUCAAUUUUUCAUCGCAGAUGACGAUAAACCUUUAAAAUGGUUACAUUUUUUUUUUUUACUUCUGUUCCAUUUUUUAGAAUAAAAAAGAUCGAAAAUCCUCCCGCUCGAUAAAAAAUCGACGCGAAAGUGUACUGUGGCAGCAGGGGCGGAGUUAGCUGGAUGACAUUUAAAAUCUGAACAGCCUAUACGCAUACUGAGCAAAAAGUCUGAAUGAGUUGAAAGAAAAAAAAGUAUUUUUCCAUCUUAAAAUUUCAGGUUGAAGACAUGAAGUGUGGCAGCGACAGCGCGACGACGGCCGCUCCGGUGGCCACGCAAAGGCCGAUGCCGUCGAUGGUCCAGCAGGUCUGAGAACAUGUUCAAGACGUUCAGUCGUCGCUGUUCAGCUUCUGGAGAGCAACAGCGAGGUGGAGGGCUGCAUGAAGAUGUGCAUUGCCAACUAUUCGAUCGAGACGACAAGAGAAGUCGUCACUACGCCUGUCGCCUACAUACAAGGCGUCACAGCUCGUUUGUAUUUUUUCACUAUCUUCUUAUAUCAUCCGUUUUUGUAAUGCUCAUAUAUGUCCCUGCUUUCUCAGAUUGCAAGCUGCAGAACGUGGGCAAACCGAUAUUUCAUUCGCAUUCAACUACAUACUAUGGCAGUUGGAUGCGCGACGCCUAUCCACCAACAGGAGAUGUGAAAAUAGCUAUAAACUGAGCAAUACUUAGUUAUCUUGAGGAUUCUCGGAAGCGAUACGUUAUGAACCACUUCCAAGGCAACCAGCUCGUCGAGUACAGCACCGAGGCCGAAAUGCGCAGGGAACACGUCAGCAAAGUGUUCGUUUUAUUUUUCAAAAUUCGUGAAAUCUUAUACACAAAUUUCGGAGAACGCCUCGGGCUCUAACUGCUUGAGAUUGGAAAAAAAAAUGAAUCAGCGUUAGAGCAACUUCACUAAACGGACAAAAUUGAUUGAAGUCACCGCCUGCCGUACAUAUUUGACGGAACUAACCACGUCAUGUUCAACGGCUCAGUCUUCUACCAUCGCGCCGGCCAUCCGAUCAUUGCCAAAUACGAACUGUCCUCUCGAAACUAUCAACAGCUCACAAUAAAUGGUGCAGCUUAUCGAGGAGAUGAAGUGCGUUUUUUUCUAUUAUCGUUGAAAAAAGUUGAAAUUCUAUAAUUAAAAAAAAAAGAAAAGUUAAGAUCAAGGUAACACUCUGAUAAGCUUGAAAACGUCCUUCACUUGCAAAGAAAUACUUUUUUUCUUUCGCCUGUGGGGAUGGUUCAACGCGUUUUCCAAGUCAGAACUUUGAAGUUUGCAUUCAAGUUGACAGUAAGAUUCGUAAGUCUUCAUAUUAACCGCUUCGGAGCCGCUACGCGUUGAGCCUUUCUUUGUGCACCCGCAAAUUCCUUAUAACAAGAAAGAAAUUGGAUUUCAAUGAAACUUAUCUUUUUUGGACAACUCUUCUAAUACAAUGAACUUAAAUUGAUGUUUUUCCAGUACCUCUACAAUCAAUCGAUGGCCUACUUUGACAUUUCCAUCGAUGAAAACGCUCUUUGGGUUGGCUUCCACUACAAAAAGGAAGAAUUCCUCUCUGUGGCCAAGGUAAACUACAAUGAAAAAGAGCCAUGCAGAUAUAAAAUCAGGUCGAUCUGAGUAACUUCACAAUUGUCGACAUUUUCAAUCUGACUUUGGUGAAUCAUACCCAAAUCGGCAACGCGUUCGUUAUCUGCGGAAAGAUUUAUUUGGUACUUUUCUUUUCUUAAAAUCUUGGAAGUGUGCUCUAGAGAGCUGCGUCUGUGAUUGGCUAAUUUUUCGCUGUUGGUCUAGAGCCAAUGAGAAACAUGGUAAAGUCAGCUAGAGCGAAAUUUUAAGGUUUUAAAAAUGUAAAUAAAAAGUGCGGUCGCCAAAUCUGUUCGACAAUUCUAAGCUUUCACUGAAGAGCUUUUAACUAAGCUCAUUUGAUACGAUUUGGAGCAGCCUGAACUAUCAACAGUCUUAUUUGUCUAAAAGACGAAAAUAAAAGAACGUAAAAAUGAGAGCGAAGACAGGUCAAACUUUUUCCAGGUGUGACCUGUGAGGUAUAAUUUAGAAACUUCAUUUGAACUCCAAAUCUUCAGGUCGACGACUCGACACAGCAGUCAUCGUUCGUCUCAACAUCUUUCGACUUCUACCGGCUCGUCUACGGUUCGCCCAACUUCAAAUGGAUCAACCUCUACAAGAACGCCAACAUGAUCUCCUACAAUCCCUUCGACAAGAGAAUUUAUGUCUACGAUCACGCCUACAUGCUCACAGUUCCCCCUUCAUUGCAAUGGCUUGCCAAAUAA